AUGUCCGCAAACGACAUCCGAGGUCGGCUAGCCCUAGUCACCGGCGCUUCAGGAGGUAUCGGUUCCGCCUGCGCCCACAAACUCGCCGAAAAUGGCGCCCACCUAGCCCUCACAUACUCCACCAAUAUCGCUGCGAUACAAUCUCUCCACGGAGAUCUGCAAACCCGCCAUCCCGAUCUCCGCAUCUCCAUCCACCAAGUCGAUCUCCGCUCCGCUACCGACAUUACCUCAUUAUUCGACCAAAUCAUCGCCCAACAUGAUGGCCACAGCCCUGACAUACUCAUCUCCAACGCAGGCACCGGGAAACGAAUCACUAAUAUCUGGGACAUCGAUAUCUCUGACUUUGACGACAUGAUAACCACUAAUCUCCGCGCGUCGUUCAUUCUAGUCAAGGGCGUGGUCGAGCACAUGAAGGCACAGCGCUGGGGACGUAUCGUUUUUAUGUCGUCUAUUGCGGCUUAUGGGGGUGGGAUUAAUGGGUGCCAUUACGCAGCCUCCAAAGGCGGCCUCACCGGCAUGAUGAAGAACCUUGCUACCAGAUUGGCCGAGUACAAUAUUAGUGUCAAUGAUGUCGCUCCUGCUAUGAUUGGGGAUACGGGGAUGAUCCCGAAUGCUGCGGCAGUGCCGGAGGUGGUAAAGGGGAUUCCGCUUGGGAGGUUGGGGACGCCAGAGGAGACGGCGAAUGUGGUUUUGAUGCUGGUUACGACCGGGUAUAUGACAGGGCAGAGCCUUUUGUUGGCUGGAGGGUUGAGGUAA